CAUUAACACAAUCCCAUCCCCCCUCGGCAGGAGAUGGAUGUCCUCCCCUUAGAUUUCCCUCAUGCAGUCCCCGGAAUAUCUUGGUCUGGUGCCUCCUCUUUGUGACGCUGCUCUGACUCCUCCCGCCAUAAUCAUAUUAUUAUUGUUGUCACUACCUGCGGUUUGUUAGUACGGGGCGGACCACACAGAGGACUGCAGCUGUGGACGGAGGAGUGAUCUGGCUGCACGCUACAGGCUUCUAUUACAUUGGGCUUCAUUCACACGAUCCGGAUCCCACAGAAACGGUAGACUUUUCUUCUUGCUGCAACCAUGGAAAUGAAAGACCCAAAUUCCGACAUUGGUCACCCUCCUGCCAUGAACCCAGGUCCAGGCUAUCAAGCUCAAGGUUAUGCACCAGUGAAUUAUCCUACUCCUGGUUACCCACCUCAAGCCAUGCCUCCUCAGCCAGGUCCUUAUGGAUAUGCACAGCCCCCACCAGGAGUAUACCAAGGUCCACCACCAGGCCAGCCUAACUAUGGCCCAUAUGCAGGAGGCCCAUAUGCAGGAGGCCCUCCUGUUCAAAACCAGCCAAUGGGUCCAGGUGGCCCAGCAUCUGCAUGGAUGCCAGCACCUCCAUCAGAUCCCAACUGUCCACCUGGAUUAGAAUAUCUAUCUCAGAUAGACCAACUUCUUGUUCAUCAACAAGUAGAGCUACUGGAAGCUUUCACUGGCUUUGAAACAAAUAACAAAUAUGAAAUAAAGAAUAGCAUGGGCCAGAGAGUCUACUUUGCUGCAGAAGAGAACGAUUGCUGUACUCGGAACUGUUGUGGAUCUGCUCGGUCAUUUUCUAUGGCGAUUGUUGACAACAGCGGUCGGGAAGUAAUUCGGAUCUUGCGGCCUUACAGAUGCUCCUCAUGUUGUUUCCCUUGCUGUCUGCAGAAAAUGGAAGUGCAGGCUCCUCCUGGAAACGUAGUUGGCUACAUAAAACAGAACUGGCACCCAUGUCUACCCAAAUUUACUAUACAGAAUGAAAGUGAAGAAAAUAUCUUAAAAUUGCAUGGACCCUGCAUCCCAUGUAGCUGCUGUUCAGAUGUGAAUUUUGAGCUGAAGUCACUUGAUGAGAGCUCUGUAGUUGGAAGAAUUUCCAAACAAUGGUCUGGAGUUGCAAAGGAGUAUUUUACAGAUGCUGACAACUUUGGCGUUCAGUUCCCCAUGGAUCUUGAUGUUAAGAUGAAAGCCGUUGUUCUUGGUGCCUGUUUCCUUAUUGAUUUCAUGUUUUUUGAACACUCGGGAGAUAAAAAUUAGAAUGUAAAGCUGGAUAUGAAAGAAGACAAGAAAUGAAGAACUGUUCUAGUUUAUUUGUAUAUUUUUAAAUUUUUCAUACCUUUUUUUAUUUUUGUGUAUUGUAAUUUUGUUUAGAUUUCUAUUUUGCACUGAGGUUCUAGAAAGUGAUUAGCCAAGGUGCUUUUUCUUAUCUGUCAUCUAAAAGUCGAAAUGUGUAGAAUGCAAUGUCUGUACAGUAGUUUUAUUUUCUGCUGUCCACCAUUAAGGCUAGGUUGCCGUCUUAUUCUGGGUCUGUUUGGGCUUUUUUUUCUUCCCGCUGCUGAGCGGCCUCAAAAAUGGGUCAGAGCACAGCUGAUACUACCGGGUCCUGAUGGAUCCCAUUGACUUGAUGAGUAUCCUUCAGGGACCCAGUAGCUUACCGGCAU